AUGGACAACAACGACAGCACCAGCAACAGCAAUACUCGUGAAUCUCAGCCAGACACACCAAAUAAUAUCCCUUUACCGCCUCCACCACCCCCACCACCACCACCUCCCAAUUUUCCCAUCUCAAAACCCUCAUCAUCAUCUCUCCUGGCAAGGAAAUUCGCCUCUGCAGCCGACAAAAUCAAUAAUCACAAGAAAGUCCGCAGAAAAGCCGCUGCAUCCCCCCCACCCCCAUCCCCUACUUCUUCUUCCCCUUCCCCAUUCAAGUCACGCCAUUUCUUCUUCUACGGCUCCCCUAAUAAAAAAAUAAAUGGACCCCGAAGUCUUACAGGCCGUGCUGGAUUUUCCCGAUCUUCCCGUCGUCGUCAAAAAAAAAAAAGAACGGGGUUUGGAUUACGGGGUUCAUUCAAGGUUAGGAUGUGGGUGGGGGGUUUAUCCUGCUCUGAUUCCAAUAAUCCUGCAGGAAGAAAAACGAGAAGACGGAGGGAAAGGGAAAGUCUUCGGCACAGCAUGGAAGGUGACUACCCAGUCUCAAUUCGAGAGACCUCUCGCCUACGAGACUGCUGCGUAUAUAUGCCUCCCCUGUACGAUCUAUCAGAGGUAUUUCAAGGCGUCGGUUGUGCGGCGACGGGUGUAAUACCAGUAGAAUAG